AUGUCUCGUUGUAUUUUUUGUCCAACUCCUGAGAUCAAACCGGAUACCAAAAAUAUGUCGAUGUGCGCAAUUCUCUGUUUCCCAUUCUGCUACUCCGAGCCGCAAGAACCACUUCAUGAACAUGCAAUCACCAACGUUCCCUUCGUUCCAAAUUCUCUAUCCGAUUUAAAUGGCAGAAGAAGCAUAUCCAUAUCAUUUUCCGAUGGAACAGAACUUCUACGAUUCACCAGAGGAUCUACACCAGUAAAUGGAAAAAGUCUCGAAAUGAUUCGAGAGCAACUUCGAAUGAGAUUUGUAAAUCAUGAAGAUGUAAUGAACGAGCUUCGAGAUCCAUUACCAACUUCUACUGUUGCGGUUUCAAUGCCGAUGAACAAUUUUCAUUGUGGUGACAAAUGCCACGAAUUUUUGUUGGAUAGUCAGUAUGAUGCUCCUUCCGAUUCGUAUUACUCUUAUCAGAGGAUUACUGACAAUAUUCAAGUUACUUAUUACAAUGAAAAUGGCAUCGAAUAUACAGCUGGAUUUACUUAUUAUCCGGAAUCUAUUGAAAGUAUUGAAAAUUUGAAUAGAGAUAAGGCUGUGAUCAUUAUGGUUUGGUGUUCUUGUGAACCAUAUCCAUCGAGUGCUCGAGACUCUUUUUACACUCGAAUUUGCUCAAAAAGGGGAAGAAAAACUGUAAUAUAUUUGACAAGUGGCAACGCAUUUCAUAUGGAUUAUCAUCAUAAAUACAAUCCAUACAAGUAUACGAAAUGCCGAGAAUGUACUGAAGAAGCAAAAAACUACAAAUGGGUAGAUCCACUGAAAGCUCAAAAGGCACAAAUAAUAAAAGGAUAUCCUAAAACUACAGAACCUUAUGUUCCUGAUAUUCUCGAGAAAGCUGUUAGUUUUGAAGUUAUCGAAAAUCUCCAAGAAGAUCAUAUUAUUGGAAUCCAACUUGCUCCGGAAAACAUGCAAAUUGUCAGUUCGGCAAGUCUUUGGAUGAUCAAGAAUUGUCUCAAUCGAUGGUUUCCUGAGAUUUCAAAAUCUGAAUCUAUGAAACUGGAUAAUUUAUUGAAAUCAAGAAAUGUCAUUUGCGUUUCUCUGGCAAUGAUAAACUUUGCCGUGGGAGAAUCAGAAUCUUGUGGAGAAUUCUAUCCGGACUCUGAUUAUGAAAUCUCUUCCGGUGCUUUUUAUACCUAUCAGAGACUAUCUGAAAAUGUUCAAAUCACUUUUCUCAAUGAAUACGGAGUCGAGUAUCUGGCUGGAAUUACUUAUUACCCUGAAUUAUCAGGUCAUGGGAAGAUGAUGAAAAACGAUCAAGCUUUGAUCAACUGUUCACUGAUAAUUGGAGAGAAAUAUCCUCGAGAAGAGAACGAAAACGUUGAUAUAUCAGUGAAUUAUGGACGUUAUUGUGAAAAAGUGAAGAAGAGAGUAAUUGUGGAAUGUGAUGAAGAGAAAGGAGCGGGUUCUCACCUGGAGUUUGAUCAUUGGCAAUGUUCGUAUCACCGUGUGAAAUGCCAAGAGUGUUUUGAAGAUUUGAUAGCAAAGAAAAAAGCGAAGGAAUUGAGAAAAAAAGCAACUCGAGAGAAACGUUUGAAAUUCAUUCGUCAACAACUUCCUGUUCUCAAACGUUCCAACUCUUCUCCUCCAGAUAUGAAAUACUUUCUUGAAAUGCAACAAGAAAAGACUACUGGGGAAUCUCAUGUUUAA